AGAUCUAUUUAAAAGAUUUCGACCUUUGUUGAACCAACUUACAAAAUUGGAAAGACAAAACUACAAUAAAAUGAAAUGCUAAAAACAUAGCACAAUCCUUGUUGGUUCAGUAUGUGCAAACAUCCGGACAAGACAGAAGAAUUCUCAAAGCAAACAUCAUAAAAUGACCAGCAAGGAACAGUGCAAGCAGAGAAUCUCCACACAGCUCCGUGCUCACCGUGUGCAGACACUCCAGAUGGGACUUAACUUUGCAAGCCCUCCAGCUCCUUAUGGGGACUACAACAUAAGAGAACCGUGACCAAGACCCUGACUUGUGAAGACGGUCUCUUAUCAGGCGUCAUGUACAGACUCGUGCUUCUGAUUCAGCCGCAAAGACAUUAGGAGAAGGGUUGAGACACCCCCUACAUCUCCCACUUGUGGAUCGGAGUCUGCCAGUCACGUUGCCUUCAAGGGCCCACGCUGCUGGGAAGUUACUAUGCAGCUUGGACUAUUUAUAGUGGUGGUUUUUCUAAACUCAGUGGAUCUCAUGGGCAGUGACAGCAGCCGCAGCAAAGCACUGAAAGGCAAGAGGCAAAGGCGAAUCAGCACAGAGAUGAGCCAGGGGUGUGCCAAAGGAUGUGAGCUGUGCUCUGAAUUCAAUGGGUGCCUCAAGUGUUCUCCGAAACUCUUCAUCCUUCUGGAAAGGAAUGACAUCCGGCAGAUUGGGAUUUGUCUGCCCUCUUGUCCCGUGGGCUACUUUGACCUGCGCAACCCAGACAUGAACAAAUGCAUCAAAUGCAAAAUUGAGAACUGUGAGGACUGUUUCAGCAGAAACUUUUGCACAAAGUGUAAGGAAGGCUUGUUCCUGCAUAAAGGGAAGUGUUACACAGCCUGCCCUGAAGGCUUCUUUGCUGCCAACGGCACUAUAGAAUGCAGCAGUCCUGCACUAUGUGAAAUGGGUGAGUGGGGUCCAUGGGGCCCUUGCUCCAAGAAAAAAAAACUGUGCGGCUUCAGGAGGGGCAACGAAGGGCGUUCCCGCAAGAUCCUCCAGGCCCCCGCUGGGGAUGCAUCCUUGUGUCCGGCCACCACAGAGUUCCGGAGAUGCACGGUGCAGAAGACCCAGUGCCCAGAAGGACAGAAAAAGAAAAAAGAAGACCAAGGCAGGCGAGACAACACAAACGAGGAGAGAAACCAAAAAAACGCCAGAGACAGCAGGCCUGGGGGCAAGAGAAGGAAAGGCCAACUAAGGGGAACAGCUGUGCCAAUGACUUCUGCCCAGUAGCUGUCCCUCCAACAGUGGUGCGAUGGCAAAACUUCAUUGCUGCUAUGUACAUGGAAGCUUUACUGAACCAGAACACUGCACCAGGGCGCCACAAGACACAGCUGGACUCAGCACACAGGCACCGGCCCACAUCUGUUCAAUGUGUAUUUGAAACAUGCCUGUUCUUUGGGAGAGCAGCGAAGGACUCUCGUGGGUGACCCUUAAGCACCAUGGACUUUCUGCUGGGACCUUAAGGGGAAAGGAACAUUUCCAGCCAGAAGGGCCUUACAAGACUGAACAUUCCCAGCUGAAGUGACUGGGAUAGAAGAGAGUUUCUGAUGCAGAGGAGGAGGCUGGAAGCCACUUGUUCAAAGCCUGGAACUGCACAGCGAUUGCCUUUGUGUCUCGAGCUCUGUCGUUCAUAAUAUAUUUUAAAUGUUUGUGAUAAACAUUCAAAACAUUUCAGAAUAAAAAAACAUCGAAACAAA